ACCUGCGCUAGCUAUCCAUGUGCAAAGUUCAGGAGCGAAGCGUCAAUACGAAUUUCGGGCUCCGGAAAAUUGGACUUUGCCACUUCACAAUUCAAACUACGGUGUCUUACUUGACCAGGGGAUUGUUACACGCAUUUUACAUCAGCGGCUGAUCUCUGGAUUAAUGAUCGUCAAUCAUAAUUUUAUGAUAUUUGCAUUGAAAACUACCAGCAUAUAUCCCGAUCUAGACGGUACUGUGUCGGCUAUUCCGCCAUCCACUACCCGGUGCAUUGAGUGACGCCUGCAGCUCAUUCGCGAUGUUACGUGCGAAGAAUUUGGUUCAACUCGUCAUCAAGUCAAAUCUGUGUACAUCAAGCAGUGUAAGGACAGCUGAGGCAAUGGCGACUCUCUCGAAGCGUGGACAAGUUGCUGUUGUCACAUUGAAAAACCCACCACUCAAUGUUCUCAGCUAUCCAACCAGAGCUUCAAUUGUUCAAUCAAUAAAGGAAGCAGAGCAAGAUGCAUCAGUGAAGAGCAUCGUCCUGUGUGGUUCGGGCAGGUCAUUCUCUGCUGGCGCUGAUAUCACUGAGUUUGGCAAUCCAGAUCUGGUGUUCAAAGAACCAAACUUGAUUGAGGUAACCAAAGCAGUUGAGGCAUGCAGCAAACCUGUAGUAGCUGUGAUGCAUGGGACAUCGUUGGGAGGUGGAGUCGAGCUUGCUCUAGGAUGCCAUUACAGACUCUUACAUAAAGCUGGAAAACUUGGUCUUCCAGAGGUCCACAUUGGUCUGGUACCAGGCGCUACGGGGACUCAGAAGGUACCGAGGGUCAUGUCUAUCCCUGAUGCCAUUGACAUGAUCACCAGUGGACGGCAUAUAUCGGCCAAGGAGGCUUAUAAAAUGGGCAUCGUGGACAAGGUUCUGGAAGAUGAUUACCUGGAUGAGGGUGUGGCCUUUGCUGAGAGUGUAGCCAAUGACCCGGUAGGACCAAGGCGUGUCAGUCAGAUGCCCGUCAAGGUGGAUGAGACCACGCCCAUGGUAUUCAAAGUUGCAUAUGAGAAGGUUGCUGCCAAGGCCAGGGGCAUGUACUCUCCUCUCUUCUGUGUGAAGGCCAUUGAAGCCGCCACCAAGGCAAGCUCGUUUGAAGAAGGCCUCCAGAUGGAGAAAAAUAUUCAGACUUUUCUGGCUGUUUCGGAACAAACUCCGGCACUGCAGUAUGCCUUCUUUGGGGAAAGGGCCGUGUCUAAGUGGAGCGUCCCUGAUGGAUCUACCAGCUACAAGACAGCCAAAGGUCAAGAGGUCAAAUCGGCAGCUGUGAUUGGUGCUGGGACUAUGGGUGUUGGCAUCACAAUGUCAAUGGUAUUGGCCGGUAUCCCGACCUAUCUUACAGAACAAAACCAAGAGUACCUUGAUAAAGGACUCAAGAUGGUACAAGGCUUCCUAGCCCACGGGGUCAAGCAAGGUCGUAUGAGCGAGGACAAAGCCAAGCAGAUCUUCUCAUUGGUACGACCGACCUUGAGUUACGACGACCUGAAGGAUGUCGAUGUGGUCGUCGAGGCCGUCUUUGAAAACAUGGCUUUGAAGAAGGAGAUCUUCAAGAAACUUGACGGUGUCUGCAAGCCCAGCGCUGUCCUUGCAAGUAACACAUCAACACUGGAUAUAGAUGAGAUGGCUUCAGCAACAACUCGCCCAGAUAAGGUGAUGGGGAUGCAUUUCUUUUCUCCUGCUCACAUCAUGAAACUUCUUGAGAAUAUCAGAGGCAAAGACACUUCACCAGAAACCAUGGCAACGGCCAUGGAUCUUGGAAAACGCAUGAAGAAGGUAUCAGUCUUGGUUGGUAACUGUCCUGGAUUUGUUGGAAACAGGAUGCUAGCCCCGUACUCCAAAGAAGCAAUCUUCUUGCUUGAAGAGGGUGCUUUACCUCAUGAGGUUGAUCAGACGUUGGAGGACUUUGGUCUGGCUAUGGGUCUAUGCCGAAUGGGAGACUUGGCAGGUCUUGAUAUUGGUUAUAAGAGUCGAAAGGAAUUUGGUUACAUCCAGCGGGAAGGACAAGACGAUUUCCUCAGGAAAGGGGAACGCUACAGCCCUCUCUCAGAUUGGCUGGUGGAGAGUGGAAGGCUCGGGCAAAAAACAGGCAAGGGUUUCUACAACUAUGGCAAGCCAGGUGGUCGUAAACCAGAGGCUGAUCCCGAGGUCACUCAGAUGAUAAUGGAUGUGUCUCAGAAGGCAGGGAUCACUAGACGCCAUAUCCCAGCACAGGAAAUUCUUGAGCGGUGCCUGUAUGGUCUUAUUAACGAAGGCUUCAAGUGCCUUGAAGAGCAGAUAGCAUCUUCUGAUGAGGAUAUUGAUAUGGUUUGGUUGUAUGGCUAUGGUUGGCCAAGACACACAGGAGGACCUAUGUAUUAUGCUAAGAAUAUUGUCGGCCUUCCUAAACUAUUGGAGAGAAUACUGUAUUAUCACUUUCAACAUCCCAAUAGCCCAUACUGGAAGCCUAGCCAGCUACUCAUAGACAGGGUUUCAGAAGAUCAUCCACAUGCCAGCAAACUGUAGUAUGCCAGUAAAUAUUCCAUGUUUAAUCUACUCCUGAAAUACCUUUGUUAUUAAGUCAAUGAUUAGAAAAUCCUGUUACUUUAACUGUUUUGGGAACGACAAAAACUAAGGGGUGUAGCAAGAAAUGAAACAAAUACUGCAGAUCAUGGAGGGCGUUAGAAAGAAUUAUACACACAAGGUACCUUGGAAACAGUCCCAACAACGCCUUGGGCAUUUUCACUCUUUCAAAGGUAGCAAGUGUGGGUAAUAAUUCCAAUGCCUUUGGUGCUUUAUCCUAAGUCUGUUCAUUUUUGUUAUCAGAAUCCUGCUACACUGUAUAAAGGCACCAGCUUAGGAAAUACAUGAGGACGUUGGGCAAUUUUCUCCCCCAUGACAGCCUAAAUCACCAUGUAAAAUUCCCCAAAUUGUAUGCUUUGGGGCUACCAAUCUUUCUAGAGUCACCCCAAUAUCUGUUCCAACAAUAUUCAAGAUUAUUAUAUUCUCAUUGUAGCAGAAGAAUGAUAUUUACUUUUACUGCACAAUUACUCUUUACCCCUGACCUGAUUCCUAACAUUUACAAUGUAGAACAAGGCCAAUAAUGCAUUGACUUCUGUGGUGCUAAUUAUGUAUUCAUGAGGUUAUACUGGUAUAUCUCAAGCCACCCGUGGACCAAUUCUCACCAAAUUUUGGUCGUGUGGGUUUUUCAUCAUGCUCUGCCAACAUAUGGUAUAAAAAGU